AUGGCCGACUCGGUGCUCAGCACCCUAUGCGGAAUCUGCCACGCCGAACCUCCCAAAUACAAAUGCCCACGCUGUCUAGCACGAACAUGCUCGCUGGCAUGCACCCAGAAGCACAAGAUUAGAGCCGACUGCUCUGGCGUCCGCGACCCUACCGCCUUCAUCCCCGCCACUCGUCUACGGACCACCGCCGGAAUCGAUCACGACUACAACUUCAUCUCCUCCAUUGAGCGCGCCUGCAAGCGCAACGAGCAAGAGAUCGUCGAAGUCCGCAAAAUCCUCAGCGACAAGGAAUUACACCCUCAAAAUGAAGAUAAGGCUUUCGUCAAGGAAUGGCACGGCGACGAGUUGCGCCACGUCCCCGUCGGAACGCUGCCACCACCACAAUGGAAACAACAGAGGAUGCAGGAGGAAGGCGCAUGGAUAUCUGGUUUCAGCCGACAAGUACGCCAGAGGCUAAGGAAACUUAACAUCGAAGCGGUCUCCAUGCCCAAGGGCAUGACCCGACAGCGCGAAAACGAGACCUCAUGGAACCGAAACCACCAAUGCGUAAAUUGGCAGGUUGAAUGGCUCCUCUUCAACGUUCCCGGUAUUCCCACAACCGGCGAACAACAACAACCGCACCGAAUCCUACACAAAGCACUCGAGAAUAAGCCUCUUAACCGCGCACUAGCCGAAACCCUCGCCUGGUACCGCAGACGUCUCUCUCGACAAGCUCAAGAAGCCGAAACAACCAUACCCGAUCUCGAAGCCGAAGACGUUGACGCCGACGGCCGUCCCACCAAGCGCCGCAGACUCGAAUCUGGCUUCGCCCAAACGAAGUCCAAGAAAAUCACCGAAAUCAUCGCAUCCCCUUACCUCUCCUCUUUGCCCCAGAACGUCUCAACCUCCGCCUGGUCCACCGAUUCGCCCUACACCAUCCAAUACUCCAUCACCGGCGCCUGGUCGCAGACCGCCUGCGACGGCUCUGCCUCGAUCACGAAAACCGACGACGAAGAAACUGUUGACCAAUCCCGCUUGCUAGCGGGGUGGCGGUUCUUUCUACACAAAACCUGGGCACCCUCAACUACUCAAUCCGGGCAAGCGAAACCAAAUGGCAAAUUAAUGAUCCCGCUCAGCGCGACCAAGAAGCUCUCUCAUGCCCUCCGCGGUAGGACGGUAGUUGAGUUUCCAACUAUCUACGUCCUGUCGCCUGGUGGGGAAUUGCCGGAGGGGUAUGGAUAUGCGGAUACCAAGAGGCGGAAGGAGAGGGUUGCUAAGGCCAUCAAGAGGGAAACCGAUGAGGCCGCGGGCGGCGAGGAGGCAGCUAGCAGCAGCAACAACUCUUCUGACUCCGAGGCUGAUUCGGACUCGGAGUCGUCGGAUGAGGAUGGGGAAGUGGAAGAGACUUCAUCGGUUAAUCCUAAUGGGAGGAAGAAGCAGUUUGGAUCGCAGCAGGCUGCGUUCCGAAGGGAUCAGCGCGAUCAACGCGGUGGUGGUAGAGGUGGAGGGAAGUGGGAGCGUGGGGGAAGGGGCGGAAGAGGCGGCCGCGGUGGGAGAGAAGGGAAGAAUGUUAGGUUCAAGCAGGAGGAGGCUGAGCAGGCUGAAGAGGGUGAAGUGGACGGGAAGGUCGACACGGCAGCGCUAGAAGCAGCUGUUAGGCAAGCUGCUUCUGGCGACUUCGAUGUCAUUCUCGGAACAGCGGAGGACGGCGAGGUCAAUAGUGACGGUGACGAAGUCAUUGCGGAUGCUGAUUCGGGUAUACCGUGGAGGCCGAGGAGGGCGGUGGCAGUACGUGGUCGUGGCCGUGGAACCGCGGCGGACGAGCGUGGUGGAAGAGGAGGUCGUGGUGGCGGCAACUUCCAGCAACGGGGCGGUAGAGGCCGAGGAGGAUAUGGAGGUCAACAGCAACAGCAGCAGCAGCAGCAGCAGAGGGUUCAGGUGAAACAGGAGGAGGCUGAGCCGAGCGUAAACAUGGACGUUGACAUCCCGUCUGCUACAACUUACAUCAAGCAGGAGCACGUGGAGGAGAAACCACAAAAACCCACUGGUGGACUUGUCAACUACGGGUCUGAUUCCGAGUAG